UGCAGCCAAGCAGGCUGAGCGUUUGUUCUGCGCUCCCCGCCACGAUGUGAGGGGUUUUUCUCUUGAGGAGAAAACAGUGGUCGAGAGCCUGCCUGGCUCAAAUGCCACCCGGCUCAGAGGGAGGCCUGUGGCCCAGGGAUUCCAGAGGGAGAGCAACGUCACACCUCCUGAGGACAGCCUGGAGGACUCUGGCAUUUGCUGAGCUGUGCAUCUUGCCUGCAUCCUUCCAAAGUCUCCGGACCGGGGCGCCACUGUUUGGGAAUCCCGCAUGCCCCUAGACAGGCACUCCUCUGGCCCUGCAGCCCAUCGCGGCCCUAGAGCUCACCUCCAGGACCUGGAGUCUGCCCUCCUGCCCAGAAUGACUCACCAGUAUUUCUAGCUCGAGUAAGAAGACACGAUGGGGAGUUGGGCUGCCUGUGUGUGCGUCUAGGAUUCCCCACCAUCCGACCAGUUCUGUGAGGAAGACAGCCUCAGGUUCCUGCCCGGCCAGCCAGAGGAGGCUGUCUCUCCAGCUGUCAGAGAGCUGUGGGGCUCUCCUGCAGGAGCUCAGGCCAAUGCUUCUGUCUUUCCUGGGGCCUUUAGCAGCACCCUGAGCCCACUGCCACCAGGCAGCUGGAAGGCAUAGUGUGAAGCUCUCCUCUCAGUCCCAAUUAUGACAGUGGCCACCGGAGACCCAGCAGAUGAGGCUGCUGCCCUCCCUGGACACCCACAGGACACCUAUGACCCAGAGGCGGACCAUGAGUGCUGUGAAAGGGUGGUGAUCAACAUCUCAGGGCUGCGGUUUGAAACCCAGCUCAAGACCCUAGCCCAGUUUCCGGAGACCCUCUUAGGGGAUCCCAAGAAGCGGAUGAGGUACUUUGAUCCCCUCCGGAAUGAGUACUUUUUCGAUCGCAACCGCCCUAGCUUUGAUGCCAUUUUGUACUACUACCAGUCUGGAGGCCGGCUGAGGCGUCCCGUGAAUGUGCCCUUAGAUAUAUUCUCUGAAGAAAUCCGCUUUUAUGAACUGGGAGAAGAAGCUAUGGAGAUGUUUCGGGAGGAUGAAGGCUACAUCAAGGAGGAAGAGCGUCCUCUGCCGGAAAAUGAGUUCCAGAGACAGGUGUGGCUCCUCUUCGAAUACCCAGAGAGCUCAGGGCCUGCCAGGAUUAUAGCCAUUGUGUCAGUCAUGGUGAUUCUGAUCUCCAUCGUCAGCUUCUGCCUGGAAACAUUGCCCAUCUUCCGGGAUGAGAACGAAGACAUACACGGUGGCGGGGUGACCUUCCACACCUACUCCAAUAGCACCAUGGGGUACCAGCAGUCCACUUCCUUCACUGACCCUUUCUUCAUUGUAGAGACUCUCUGCAUCAUCUGGUUCUCUUUCGAGUUUUUGGUGAGGUUCUUUGCCUGUCCGAGCAAAGCGGGCUUCUUCACCAACAUCAUGAACAUCAUUGACAUUGUGGCCAUCAUCCCGUACUUCAUCACCCUGGGGACAGAGCUGGCUGAGAAGCCAGAGGACGCCCAGCAAGGCCAGCAGGCCAUGUCACUGGCCAUCCUUCGUGUCAUCCGGUUGGUAAGAGUCUUUAGGAUUUUCAAGUUGUCCAGACACUCCAAAGGUCUCCAGAUUCUAGGUCAGACCCUGAAAGCCAGCAUGAGAGAAUUGGGCCUCCUGAUCUUCUUCCUUUUCAUUGGGGUCAUCCUCUUCUCUAGUGCUGUCUAUUUUGCAGAAGCUGAUGAGCGAGAGUCCCAGUUCCCCAGCAUCCCAGAUGCCUUCUGGUGGGCAGUCGUUUCCAUGACAACUGUAGGCUAUGGCGACAUGGUGCCAACUACCAUUGGGGGAAAGAUAGUGGGUUCUCUGUGUGCAAUUGCAGGUGUGUUAACCAUUGCCUUACCAGUCCCUGUCAUAGUGUCUAAUUUCAACUACUUCUACCAUCGGGAGACAGAGGGAGAGGAGCAGGCCCAGUACUUACAAGUGACAAGCUGUCCAAAGAUCCCCUCCUCCCCUGACCUGAAGAAAAGUAGAAGUGCCUCUACUAUUAGUAAGUCUGACUACAUGGAGAUCCAGGAGGGAGUAAACAACAGUAACGAGGACUUUAGAGAGGAAAACUUGAAAACAGCCAAUUGCACCUUGGCUAACACAAACUAUGUGAAUAUUACCAAAAUGUUAACUGAUGUCUGAUUGAAGCCUAUUAACAUAAUUGCAGCUCAAUGGAACUAAUGCAGAUGUUGCAUAAUAGCCUGCCUUGUAGUCAGUGUGUUCUACAGUGUGCAUCUGGUUCUGCAUGGAAAGCAAUAGUUGUGCAAGUGACUUUUGAUCUUUUGAUUUUUGAUUUAGAACACAGAAUAUCUAUCAUGGCUUUCAUGCAAAUCUUUAUAUUUGACUCAUGGGUUUCCAAAAAGGAGAGUUACCUACGGAACCAGGAUGUCAGAGACACAUUGAGGCCACCUCAUAUCCAAUGCACAGUUUCCUAGACCAGUACCACCUUUUCUUUCUGAGCAAAUGCACACAACACCUCCCUGCUCACUACCACCCCACUAGAGCCCACCUGCCCUGUACAGGGACACCAUCAUGGCUUCGUUGUAAAGCUCUGGUGAUUACUCAAAAGGUCAUUUCCAUUUUUGCAUUGAAAAGAACACACAGUCCUGUGUGUUGGAAUUACUUUUCUGUGUUACAGGCUGGGGUUUGUGAAUUGCAGUUGCCAAGUAGAUGCUCUGGAGGCUUGUGUUUCGUAACUGAAAAUGCUGCAUUCUGCUUUUUCUCUGCAGUGUCAAUGUGAGGGAAGCCUGGGGGAGGGACAGUUCAUAUGACCAAAUAUGAGUUGUCAAGUUUCACAUUUGUCCCCUUAAGGCCUGCAAGGAGAAGGUAUCCAACCAAGGAACUGCUCAGCUUCAGAUUUGGCUGUUUUUGCAAGCUUCAGUGUCACAAAGACAUGUCCGGGUUCUUUCUUUGCACUGGAGUUCCCAGGCAUCUGCUUUCCUAACAAGGUGGCCCAGCUACACUGACACUGCAGUGGAAUUGCCAUCGAUGCAACCGAGCUGCAUGGGUGUUCAUUGCAUGAAUCUCAAUAUUUAAAACACAGGAGAUAACCUAUUUUCUUAGUAGCCUAUACAGUAUUCAUAUUUAGAGUAUUAAUAGCCUUGGGAUGUCAUUGAGCUGGGGUUUUUUUCCUUAUCAGAAGGCAAAAGCCCUCCAUCAGGAGAAAAAGUAGACUAUUGGGAAUGAGGAAUCAAACCUUCUGACCUUCCAGCCCAGCCAUCUCUGUUCUUUCAGUGAGAGCACAGACCCCAAGGCAGCAGAGCGAGCUGGAAAGCCAGGGCCUCAGUGCUCACAUGACUGCACCUUGGGGAUUUACCUAGUCAGGAGCAUGACUGCACAGCUGACCAGGGCGUUCGUCUUGAGCACAGGCAGGUCUGCGUAU